CUUCAAUUCAGCGUCGCAUUCCAUACAAAGACCACUGGUUUGGCGGAGUUAAUCUGAGGAUUGUUGGUUUUGAUCCCGGUAUUACUCUGGAAUUGUCCGCGCAAAAGGGUGUCUUGACAGAGCGCCAUCAUCAGCAAUUUGAGAUACCGCAGCAUACGUCACCCUCAUUAUGUCUCAAUCACUUCGCCCGUACCUCCAGUGCGUUCGGUCCUCGCUGACUGCUGCACUUGCGGUGUCCAACUUUGCGUCUCAAACGGCCGAGAGACAUAACGUCCCCGAGAUCGAAGCCCAGAGCUCCCCCGAACUCCUCCUCAACCCCCUUACGAUUUCGCGCAAUGAGAACGAAAAGGUGUUCAUUGAACCUAGCGUGAACAGUGUCCGUGUCAGCAUCAGGAUAAAGCAGGCGGAUGAAAUUGAGCAUAUCUUGGUCCACAAGUUUACCCGGUUCUUGACACAGCGUGCCGAGUCAUUCUUUAUCCUGCGGAGGAAGCCAGUAAAGGGUUACGACAUCUCGUUCCUGAUCACGAACUUCCACACGGAGGCCAUGUUGAAACACAAGUUGGUGGACUUCAUUAUUCAGUUCAUGGAAGAGGUCGAUAAGGAGAUCUCGGAAAUGAAGCUCUUCUUGAAUGCUCGUGCUCGGUUCGUUGCCGAAUCGUUCUUGACACCGUUUGAUUAAAUGCCGUUACAGCGCUCCUCUUCCUACCAUCAGAUUAUUGCCCAGCAGCUAUUGCACGGACGAUCUAGGCUGGUGCCGGGGGUGGCAUUGGUGCUCGAUGCUUUAUUCCCUUACCUAGAUCUACAAUAUUAUUCGAAACUUAAGCUUGCAGCAUGCUCCUAUUUUAUACUUGCCGCCCGGCAUCUGGAUCUGAAUUCAGCAUGCUGUCCGUCCAGGCAGGCAGUAAUAGUGUAAGAGAUACAAUCU